CAGAUCCCCCCUCCCUCUUAAAUCUCACCCCACGCAUGGCGCCGCACACCGAGGAAGAUUGGUCAGAUUCGGACGACGACGGCAGCGCGUCCGAGCUCGAGACGUCCGUCCUCUUGGGCCUCCCGGACGGGCCCGUAGAUUCCGUAGACGAUCUCCGCGAUGUCGCUGUAUCGAGGAUGGGCGGGCAUCCCGCGUUUUUGACGGCGCCCGAGCCAGACGUGUCCGCCUCGCAAUGUAGGAACUGCUCCAACCCCAUGGAGCUGCUCGUGCAGAUCUGGUGCCCGUUUGAGGAAAGCCCCAUGGAUCGCGCGCUCUACGUCUGGGGCUGCGCCCGCGGCGAGUGCCAGCGCAAGGAAGGGAGUGUCCGCGCGUGGCGCAAUCUAAGGUACAAUGCCGACUACGCAAAGAAGUUGGAGGCUAAGCUGGAGAAGAGGCGCAAACAGGAGGAGGUGCGCAAGGCUGCAGAGAAGGCGAAGGAGGCGUCCAAAAUUAACCCUUUCAAGGCAAAUGGGACAACACCCGCGGCGGCGGGGGCAUUUGGUCUCGGUGCCCAAGUCUUUGGCGGAAGCAAUCCCUUCGGUAAUGCGAACCCAUUCGCACCUCCUCUACAACAGGCCGAGCCCGACCACGACGAUGAACCUGAAGAGGACGAGGCCGAGGCAGAAGGGCACGAAGGCGGCGACGCCUCCUCCUCCUCCUCCGAAGAGUCCCUAGUAACCGCCUUAGCAUCCACAUCGCUCGAAGACUCGCCCUGGCCCGCCAUGCCCUCUUACACGCCCCUCUACCUCAACACUACGUCCGAGUACCUCCCGUCGCCGCCGCCCAAACCGAAGCUUCCGCCCGGCGCGCAGCUGCUCGACGCGGACGAGGGCGGCAAGGACGCCAAGUGGCUGUCGGAGGCGUACGAGAACUCGAUGGAGGUCGACCACGUCUUCGAGCGGUUCAUGACGCGCGUCGGGCACGAGGGCAAGCAGUGUGUCCGGUACGACUUGGGCGGGACGCCGCUGCCGUUUGGACACGAUAGCGUAUUCGACAAGCUCUUCCCCGCGCCUGCGGGGCCCCCCGUCCCCGUCACCAAGGGCGAGUUCAUGGUCCAGCCGCCGCAGAAACGCGUGUACACCCCCGCCGCACUCCCCAAAUGCCCGCAGUGCGGCGGCGAGCGCGUCUUCGAGUGCCAGCUCAUGCCCAACCUCAUCAACGUCCUCAAGUCGUCUUCGGCGGACGACGCGAGGCCGGGGAAGCUGACGGAGGAAGAGCGGAAGAAGGAGAUCGAGCGGGCGCUGAAGGCUGAGAAUUCCACGAAGCGGAGGGGAAUGGAGUGGGGUACUGUGAUGGUGUUCUCCUGUAAAAGCGAUUGCUGCCCCGAGCAGAAAAAAAACUGGGCGGAGGAGGUCGUGCUUGUUCAGUGGGAUGAGUGAUAAGGUGUCUAUGUAUCGAACGCUGUAGCUCUCAGAUCACCGUGCUGUAUCACUGCUGUAUCUUGCACCAAAGUGUAUCAUUAUUCCGGGGGACGUAUGAUAGCAAGACAAGUGCGAGAGGGGAACAAAACGACGGGAUACGCGUAGAGUGCUAUUAAUACAAAUGAACUUUUCCUCCUAUUAUGACGAAUAAUGAUAUGGCACAGUACUCGGACAGCAGCUCUCGCGCGGCAUCACACCUGAUUGAACUGCGCGGCGAAAUGCCCCCAAGAAUCGGACACGUCCGUCUCGUAUGGGGCAGCUUCCUGCACGCCCUGUGACAUACCCUGCGUUGCGU